AGGUAACGUAAGGACAUGUUUCAGUCAUCUGCUGUUAGUUUGGUAGAUUGAGUUAUUCACAGAAGAAAAAAGAAAUAACAUGAGUUUACAGGAGGGAGGUCCCCAGCAGCCCCAGCAGGAACCCCAGCAGGAGCCACUGCAGCAGAUAGGAGCCAGAAUAAUUCAGAAGGCCUGGAGAAGAUAUGUUUGCAGGGAGGUCUUCAGCUAUUUCAAAGAGCUAAUCAGCCACUGCAACCAGCAGGAUCCACAGUCAAUCCUCAGAGCUGUCAAUCCUAGAGAGGCAGAGCUGCUGGAUGCUGCUGCUGGCGUGUUCAUCAGAUUUCGACUUGGAGGGAUUACCUUUCCCCCCAACAUCUAUUACAAGAUCUUCACCCACCGGCCCAUCGCAGACCUGUGUGCCAGCAGCCCAAAGGACUACGCCCAGACAGGCAUGAAGAGGCCUGUGUCCCGGUGGACUAACAAUAGCAGGCUUCUGGUGCAGCAGGACCGGUCACGAUGGUACCAGCGUGUGGAGAACAACAGCUGGAGGCUCUUCUUCAGCAAGGUGGUUCCCAUCGGUGAGCCGAUGGAGAUUGGAGCGAACAAGAAAAAGGACUUUCACUUCUCCAGGUUGCAGCGGCAGCAAGAUGUGGACAGUUGGAGGAAGAGGAGGAAAAUUGAAUGGCUGAGGCACAUUUAUAACGAGGGUCAUCUCCAGACUAAUCCAGUGCAUCGAGACAUGGUGACUCUGGUGGGGAACUCAGCCCAGGAAGUGAUAUACACCAUUGAAGAGAAGGAGGACAAUGAGGUAGAGGAGUGGGAGUUGGAUGAGCUCCAGGCCUGGAUCACCACUCUCAACUUUGAGGAGUAUAUGCAGGAGUGGAAACAUUUGGGCUGCAGUCCCUCCUCUGAGCUGAGCAAAGAUCUUCAUUCAUUAGAGCCGCAUGGGUUAGUUGGUGUGACUGACAGAGAAUAAAAUAAUUGAUGUAAAAACCAAACCAGUCGUAAUGUGCUAACUGAGCAGCCAUAUUCAUUUUUAACAUCGUCUCCAUAGCAGGUCUGAACCCAGUUGUAGUUGGGACAAAAAGCAGUGAAAUUAACAUCUCCUUUUUUAGGGAUAUGAGAAAGUAUUAUCUGUGCAUUCAAGUCAUUAUGUGACCCCUUUAAUACCCCAGUAAAACCAGUUAGUCCAGAGAUCCCUUAAUGAUACAGAUGAAGAAAAGAAAAUGAAGUGAGACAAGGAUUUCCCCCAAGAUUACACAUUUAUUCAAAAAAGGUUUAAAGGUCUAUAUUUAAAAAAAUAAAAUGUAUUAGUUGGUAAUUAAAAAACAACUAUAGAAAAUAUAAAAGAGGUGCUUCAAGACCUAAUCUGUCCAAAUCAACAAAAGGCAUGCAAAUAAAUAGUGAAGGAAGUGCAAAAUUGACCAAACACACUAUUAUGUGGGGUGGUGAAGUACAGGUGAGGAACUCUACGACCAAACCCUACACCGUCAGGUUUGUUGCGCUCACUGCCGCACCUACAGCACUUGUACAGGGACAGAAAACCAUGUAUGUAUGUCACAGCAGGGGUAUACAUUCUUGGGGGAAAUAACCAAAUCAACGCCAGGAGGGCCAACAGUGUACAAACAAAAGAAACAACUAACAGAAAACACCAAAUGAACUAAAGACUAAGUGCAAAGCAAUGUAUCAAACAACAAAACUAAGCAAAACCGUUAACAAAACAGACACUUAAAACACAAUAACUAAACUAACAAAAUAACCAAACGAACAUAUAUAGAGCAGCGACAGCACUCUGGAGGGUCACCAGGCAGCAGAAAGAGAGAGGGCAGUAGCAUUAGGGUAAAUAUAUAGCUAUUACGUACAACAUACGUGUUGGUUAACAAUUAAAACCAACACGUAGGUGUGACUAAACCCCAUGGUGACCUGGAAGGGAUCUCACACUACCUGCUACAUAUGCUUUAUUUGCAUAUGUUACGGCCGCUACUCUGGCCUCUUUUGUUGUGUUUAAUUUUUCUGUUUGCCAGGCUGCCUGCCAAGCGGCCUGCUCCUGUCCACACGGAUGCUCCACCCUCUCUAGCCUAAUUGGUGCGGUUUGUCUGCAGCUGGCCAAUCCCUGCCGCCCAAUCAGGAACCCCCAGCUAUAAAGCUCCGGCCCGUCUGUCAGUCGAGGCAGCUGACUGUUAGUGGCAGCUCGCCUCUUUGUUGUAAGAACAUUUGUAGAGUGUGAACCUUAUGAUAGCACAGAGUGGUCGUUUGUUGUGCGACAGUUUUGUUUUGUGACCUACUGCUAUUAAUCUUAAAAGCCUGGAAGUGGGGUCAGGUUUAGAUCUAAUACUGCCACCAAUUUUGCUGGUUUAUCUGCUGGUAGCCAUUUGUAUUGUUAAAAGCACUAGGUGCAGGGGUGCUGUUUCCGGUGUAUUUUGGUUCUUUAGUCGGCCUUGGUAGCCAGUUUUGUUUUUCCUUUUACUUUCAAGUGUAUAAUUCCUUGUACUGAUUAGCUCAUAAAGAGUCCUCCUUUUGUUAUAUUCUGUUUUUGAUUUGGACAGCACCCAUCGGCCCCAUUCCUUGGUUUGUGUUUUUUUUCUUCAUAUAAACCAUUAUUUCUACUAUUUACGAUACAAUAAACAACUUUAUACCUAUUA